GCGGUACAAGCAUUAGGUCACAUGGGGUUAUGUCUCCCCCCUCCUGUUGUUUGUCAUUCAGUGUGUCGGGUCUGACCUGAACAGAGGCAGCAGUGAAAGGUGCACUAUGGGUCGCCUCGAUGGGAAAGUGAUUGUGUUGUCAGCCGCCGCGCAGGGGAUUGGACGUGCUACAGCAAUAGCAUUUGCAAAGGAGGGAGCUCAGGUCACAGCCACAGACAUCAAUGGAGAGAAGCUGAAAGAGCUGGAUGGCAUUCCAGGGAUCAAGACUAUGGUGGUGGAUGUUACUAAGAAGGACCAAGUUGAAGCCCUAGCCAAGAAACAUGACCGUGUGGAUGUGCUGUUCAAUAUUGCUGGGUUUGUGCACCACGGCUCCAUCUUGGAUUGUGAAGAGGCUGAUUGGGACUUUACAAUGAACGUGAACGUCCGGAGCAUGUACCUCAUGAGCAAGGCUUUCCUGCCUAAGAUGUUGGCAAAUAAGUCAGGAAACAUUAUCAACAUGGCAUCUGUUGCAUCAAGCAUAAAAGGUGUUGUGAACCGGUGUGUCUAUAGUACCUCCAAGGCUGCCGUGAUUGGGCUCACCAAAUCUAUAGCGGCGGAUUUCAUUGAUCAAGGCAUUCGUUGUAAUUGUGUCUGUCCUGGUACUGUUGAUACUCCAUCAUUGAGGGGUAGGAUCCAGGCCCAACCUGACCCAGAACAGGCUUAUAAGGAUUUCAUGGCACGACAGAAAACUGGCAGAAUGUGCACAGCUGAAGAGGUGGCGUACCUGUGCGUAUACCUGGCCUCUGAUGAGUCUGCCUAUGUGACCGGGACGGAGCAAAUCAUAGAUGGAGGAUGGUCACUCUGAGGAAACUCAAGCUUAUUCGGAGUCCAAAUAAAGUGCACCAACAAUGACUUAAUCAUUUUUAUUUUGCAUAUUAUGUUUACUGAUUCUGUGGGAGACAUUCCCCCAUGUUCACACUUUAAAUCAAUGCUGCAAAUCUAUGCAAUGCCAAAAUAUGAAUAUGUUGUCUGAAAUUGUAAGAAAUUGACCUAACUUUAUUAUAAAUAAAUCAUUCAAUAU